GCCAGUGUAACGAGCUAAGCUUUUCGCACCGGAGCGGACUUGCUAGCCGCUUGGUUGAAGAUGGCUUCUUCCAUUUGGAAGGGUUUAGUAGGCAUCGGUCUCUUUGCCUUGGCCCAUGCAGCUUUCUCAGCGGCACAGCAUCGAUCUUACAUGCGACUCACAGAGAAAGAGAAUGAAACGCUACCGAUUGACAUAGUGCUACAGACUUUGCUAGCAUUCGUAGUGACCUGUUAUGGCAUAGUCCACAUCGCAGGCGAGUUCAAAGACAUGGACGCCUCUUCAGAGCUCAAGAACAAGACAUUUGACACAUUGAGGAAUCGUCCUUCCUUCUACCUGUUCAACCACCGGGGCAGGGUGCUCUUCCGCUCCCCUGACGAGGAGCCCUUGUCUGGGCCCAGCCCACAGGCCCUGCCCCCCAACCCCCUCCGGUUACGCAAGCUGGAACCCUCACGCUACUGAGACUGGCCCCCCGGGGUGUUUUUCCCUCCCCACUUUUCUCCCUUUUUAUGUAAACAGAUACUGUCAUUGGUUGGAAGGGCAGAAAAAAAAACUUGUGAGAAGAAAACAUCUCCUUCCAUUUCUGGUCCUGAAUUUUUUUUCUGUAUUCAUGUAUAUGCCAUAUUCAUUUAGCAUCCACCUCCAUCACAGCGGUAACAACAGUUGUUAGGUCUUUGGACGGUGCCAACUUUGUUGCUUUUAAAAGUGGUUCACUUGUAAAUAAAUGUGAUUUACUGGGAAUCCUUAGGAUCGCAGUUAACCGCCCAGUCUUCAUUCAAACAGCAUUUAUUAGCAUCCAGUAAGGGACUGCAUGCAUCUACAGGCUGACCACAAAACUAGGGCUAUCCUUCAAAAACAUCCAGAGUUUUCCUUACAGUCAUCAUUUAAUCUGUGCUAUUGUUAAUUUUUUUCUGGAAAAAGUAAACAUGGGAAAGUGACAGGGGCACGCCAUAUCUAACCAGUAAUAAAGGUUGAUGCUGGACAUGAAAAAUUUCCCAAAGUCUAACACAUGACAACAUUGCCCUUAAACUGUUAAGUCCAACCAAAUACCUUUCCUAGGUUUUCCAGCUACCUCUUAGGCCUCUGAAUAUUUCAGUCUGUGCAGCAGUUGAUGACUGAACUGUCCAUUUCUGCUGUGUUUGAACUAAGGAACCCAUUUUUUUUGUUUUCAGAGCUGGUAUUUAUGAAGCAAUUUCCUGGAAUGAAAUGGAGCUGUUGUGCUCACAUGCGCUUCUGUUCUGGUAAUUGAAAUAGCAUGAAAAGUGAACCACUGAAGGAGACGAGGAACUUGGUAACGGAAAUGUGACAAUGCUAAUUAUGCUGU